AUGACGACUAUUGUUAUGUUUCCACACAGCGAUUCGUUCGGGAAGCCAGAUCCAUAUGGUCGAAUGUCGGGACUGCCGUCAGGUUACGGGAGCUUCUUUAGUACCUUCAACCCCACCGGAGCGGUAGAACCGACCAAUCACGGUAUCCACGCCUCGCAACAUCAGAAUUCUGGACAACUACCUGUUCAUGACUGGAGCUCGUCUCCUCUGUCGACAGUGCAGCCCCAAAACACACAACACACAUUGGCUUCACAACCACACACCAACACAGACCCGACGCCGACAGCAAGCAUCAACCCAGUCGCUUUUUCAAACCCCACGUUUACGCCCGCCAACCGACCUACUGGGUACUACGACAGCACGUCGACUGUCUCUCCAUCGCAGUCCCACUUUGAAACCAGUAACUCGUCAUCACCAGUCAGCUUCCCCAUACCCUCUCGCUGGGACAGCCUGUACCAUAAGGAGGGUGGCAGUCUAUACCCUCAAGAGGAUGAGACGCCCUCAAGGCGGCCCUCUACUACCACCACUGCCACCACCCCUCCCACCAACACAACAGCAACAACAACAACGUGGACUACUCGGCGAAGGCGUAACUCAGAGUACGUAGAACCAGGCUCGGCGCGAGCCAUCUACCUCGAGAAGAACCGCCGGGCUGCAAGCAAGUGCCGGAGCAAACAAAAACACGAGCAAGAACAGCUUGUCGAAAGGUCGAGGCAGUAUGAACGCAGGAACCGGAUGCUAAAGGCAGAGGUAGACUUGCUGCAGGCUGAAGUACGAGCUCUCAAGGACUUGCUUGGCCAACAUGCCCAUUGUCCCGACCAGAGGAUAGCACAGUACCUGCAGAUGGAAGCAAGUCGAUUGGCCUCCUCACAAAAAUUCCCACGAGAAUACCGAGCGUCGUUUUGA